AAAUGUACCCCUCUUUUGUAUGCUGCUGAAAGAGGUCACCUUGAGUGUGUUCGCGUACUGCUUGAAAACGGUGCCAAUAUUGAAUCUGGCAACAAAUUCUCAAAGACCGCUCUCCAUCUUGCCACAAUCAGUGGUCACUACAAGAUUGUCCAAUUUUUGCUCAAAGAAGGUGCCGAUGCAAAUGCCCAUGAUACCUCUCUUAAUAGACCUGUACACUACGCAGCCGCCUUUGGACACCUGAGUGUUCUC